AUGUCCAACCGAAAUACAAAAUCUAAAAGCCCUAAGAUCAAAAAACCAUACAAUUUUGACAAAGAUCUAAUGAAAUAUCUUAUUUUAUAAAAGAUAACCAAACCUUCUGCCCCUGUUGAGAUGAUCACCAAAACUUAACCGGAUGAAGAUUCAGAAGUUGAUGAUUUUAAAUAAGAAAUAGAAAUCAAAUUUAAGAAAUGUAAAAUCAAUCACUCCUUCAAGUUUCCCAAAGAAGACUACGAAUCCUCCUCCGAUAAUUCUCUCUAGUCUCUCAAAGAUGUCACUCUCUAUUAAUUGAAUUAAGACAAUAUAGAACGUUUCACAGAUGCAACUCAACCAUAAUUCAUUAAACUGCUUAACGAAAGAUUAAUCAAAUUAACAGAUUUGAUUCAAGAUGAUACUCUUUCCAUCCAAAAGCCAAUCCCGAAUCCCAAAUCUUCAAGGUUGAUCUCCCAAUAAAUAUCAAGAUUAUAGAAGAUGCGUGGUUAGAACCUAUCCAACUCCUCCUUAGCCAAGUAGACUGAUUAAACAAUGGCAAGUCAAGGUCGAGAGAGUGUGACCAACAAAGUUCAUUCAAAUAUAGGCUUCAAAGCCACGCCAACCUUGUCCUCAGAAAAGAAGAAUCAAUCUAAACAAAUUCAACAAAUAUUAAAAAUUGCACAAUAAAAGUAGUUAAACAAUAACAGCAAUAAUACAUUCUAUAAAAGGUCUGCAUAAACCAAUACUGGCUACUUCAAUCGCAAUAAUAAUGCUGGCGAUAGAAAAAACAUAGAAAACAUUAAAAUCAAGACAGAAUAUGAUGAUUAAGAUGCAAAUUUAAAUUAAUUUUACAUACUUCCAAAAUCCAGACCUAAAAAUAGAGAAUCCAAUUCUAAAUUAAAAAAACAAGACACUUCUUAAGGUCAUAAAAUGUUAAAUUACACUAUAGACAACCAUAUUUUAGAAUAAUUAAGAGGUACAAGGAAUGCUAAAAGUUAAAACAAAAAUUAUAAAAAUUGA